AUGCUUACCAAUAUGACCGAUUUGGCAUCAAAAGCUUUGAAAAACGCGAGCACACUUGUUUCGACUAUUAGCCCGAAUGUCUCGACAACGAUUCCGGACUGCUUCUCCUGCCACCCGAAACUAUAUUUCAUGUUUUUCGGAGUCGUCUUCAUGUUCAUUAUCUGUGUUGGGGUCCUCGGCAACCUCUUCAUUAUUUGUGUCAUCUUGCUUGAUAAAAAAUUGAUGAGCUCGUCCAUCAAUCAGUUUUUGCUCAACCUUGCAAUCGCGGAUCUCGGCAAUUUGCUAUUCUGCACACCGGAUGCAAUUCUUGUUUUGCUCGAUCGCGGAUGGUUGCUGCCAAAUUUUUCAUGCCACGUUCUUCGUUUUCUUCAAGAGUACUUCUUAUACGCCAGCGUUCUUUUGCAAAUGGCAAUUGGUGUCGAACGUUUCCUUGCAAUCUGUUCGCCAAUGCGAAUGCAACGAUUUUCCACUAAGACUACGGUUUGCGUACUUGGAUGUGUUUGGUGCGUAGCCGCAUGUUUUGCAUCUCCAUAUUUCAUCUAUCAAGGAAUUGUUUUUCACAAAUUCUAUUUCUGUUUCUGGAAAGGAUUAAGCCUCAAAACUCGGACAUAUUUCAAAUAUUGCGAAUUGAUCGUCUUGUACGCAUUCCCAUUGUGUCUUUUGACGAUUCUCUACUCUAUUAUGUGCCGUGUCCUCUGGGGAAAAGAGGGCAGUCAUAACAUUGCUAACCACAAUCAACAGAAAACUAUUCUCCAAUUACGCCGGUCCGUUGUUCGAAUGCUUAUAAUCUCAAUGCUUCUUUAUUUCCUCUGCUAUACCCCCAUUCAAGUUUUGUUCAUGAUUGAAAAGAUUUACGGUCGUAGUGUUCAUCUUCCGCAAUGGAUCAGAUUGAUGCUUAACGUUCUUUCGGUUAUGAGCUCGUCGACGAAUCCAAUUGUCUAUAUCAUUUGCUGUCGUCAUUUCCGCUUGCGUCUUCAUGACAUUGGAGCUGUCCUCAACUCAUUUUGCAGUUUCGUGUUUCCAUCGUUCCAUCAAACAGAAUACGAAUGUGUUGACGAGACAGCAACUACGAAACUUUCGCGAUCGCCAUAUGUUUCAUUUCGUCACGAUCGCCGGCACAAUUCGCAAAAUGUCUCGACGUUGCUCUAA